UCACAAGUUAGACAGAUGAUACACCUCAUUUACAUUCAGCUCAUCAGAGAUCCAGACGGACUGACAUCAGGAUUUUUAAAGCCUCACUCCAGCAGAACUCUGACAAUGAAGCUGGUUUCAGUCGUCAUCCUGCUCCUGGCUCCAAUGUUGACCAGCUGCUACCCUCCCGAUCUGCCCAAAGACUGCAGUGACAUACAUAAUAAUCCAAACACCCGAAAAAGUGGAGUGUACACCAUCUAUCCCAUCAGCUCCACGUCUCCUGUCCAGGUGUACUGCGACAUGGACUCAGAAGGAGGAGGGUGGACAGUGUUCCAGACAAGGAUGGACGGCACGGUGAACUUCUACAGGGGCUGGGAUCACUACAAGACCGGCUUUGGUAACCCUGCUGGAGAGUACUGGCUCGGUCUUGAGAACAUCUACCAAUUGACGCUCAAUCGGCCGUCUGAGCUGCUGGUCCAAAUGGAAAACUUUGGAGGAAACAAAGCGUUCGCUCUUUACACCUCAUUCUUUAUCGAUGCUGAGUGUAAUGGAUACAGACUGAAUGUUUCUGGAUUCAUCAAUGGAGGAGCAGGAGAUGCACUGACUUAUCACAACGGACAGAAGUUCACAACAAUCGACAAAGACCAGGACUCCUCACCCUAUUGGAACUGUGCCAUACAAAGCCUGGGGGCGUUCUGGUACAACUAUUGUUACAACACAAAUCCAAAUGGUCUUUAUCGUUGGGAGGCUAACAGCCCUAUCUAUAAUUCUGUAAUGAAUUGGCAAACCUGGUAUGGUUAUAAUAACCUCCUGAAGUUCAUCAGCAUGAGUAUCCGUUCUGUGUAGUAGUUCUCCAGGACCAACGUACAGCAGAAUAUCAGCUCAUCUCUUCUGAUUUCUUUCUCUUUCUCUCAUUAAUCAUUUAAUCUCACAACAGGUCUUAUUUUCCUGAAACUGGGCACCAGCACAAGAAAACCAACUGAUGUUUGUAAAUCUUGUUACUGUCUGUGAUGAUUUAAAGCAGUCGCAGCUCGCUGCAACGUGGAAGAAAAGUCAGAUGUGUCUCCAGUUGGGCGGCUGCAGCAGGAAAGUAGGGCCCAUAAUCUUUAAAUGGAAACACAUAUAUAGUCUGAUCAGGUGUUAAUCACUGCAUGAACUGAUAACACGAGUCUAAAAGAGAGAAAGAAGUAAAGAAAAUGAAAAGUAUAAAAAGAUCUUUGUAGUUCAGGACAGCCAGUUGAUGUUUGGUGGAGGUUUGAAACUCUAAUGUGAAUCUUUAUCUGCUGUACGGUGACAAUAAAUAAGAAGCUGAGCAUUAA